AUGACUGCCAAAGGGCAACAACAGGUUCAAAGGCAUGGCUGGCGGACCUUGACUGUAGAUACCCGGAAACCUGCGUUUAGGUGGUUGGGGCUGAGAGGGAAAUCAAUUGUUAUUAAUGAGUCCAAGAAAAGGAUGUUCGGAACUGAUGCCACAAACAAGGUUGAUUCUUCAAAUGAUCAGAAUUCUAACCAGUGCAUUAAGUGGAAAAAGCAUGAAAAAGUUGAAAUUUUGGCUGAUACAAAUCGUUUGGAGGACUGGAAACAAGGUUCAAAGAGCUAUCACUUUGGUCCUUUUGCACCUAUAACCUUGACCAGGAUUUGUAACUCUGAGAAUGAUGCCCAACCGCUGCAGCUGAAAAAAUACCAAUGUGGUUGCCUCUGGGGUCUUGGUGGUGAGGUUUUUGCAUGGGAUAUUGAAGCUGCGGUUACUCCACUGUCAAAGUUCAGUGAUGUAACGGAAGAUGAUUGUUCCAACGGUAUCAAUGGUUUUGGAAAUUCAUUAUCAGUAUCAAGUUUGCGAACAAUUAGUUUGAGUAAUAGCAUUGUUGCACGCACAACCCAGUGUCAUGGAUAUGUCCCCAUCACUGCCAAAGGCCAUAAAGAAUCAGUCUACGCAUUAGCAAUGAAUGAUAGUGGAACCCUUUUUGUCUCUGGUGGAACUGAGAAGGUUGUGCGAGUUUGGGACCCUAGAACUGGUUCUAAGACUAUGAAGCUGAGAGGGCUUACAGAUAACAUUAGGGCUCUGCUUCUGGAUUAUACUGGCAGGUUGGUGCAAUGAAUUCAGCCCCUGCCAGUUCUGAGUUAAAA